GCUAAGUCAGAGCUGUUUGCUACCAAACACGUUCUUCCUAUUAACUAAGCAUCCCGCCCAUCUGGGCAGGAAUAAGCUAAGGGCCUGACAAGCCAGGAGCCAGGCUCUUACUGCCAACAACCACAGAUUCCACAUUUCUGUGGGAUGGAAAGAGCCCCAAGGAAGCCAGAGCCAGCCCCUCCCUGUUAAGCACGGAAGAAUGAUACACAAAGCAGGGAACGGCUGGAGCCUGCAGUGGAAAGUUGGAGCCCUGGUGUGUGGCAGGCGGACAGAGGUGCAGAGAGCAGCCGGGGAGAAUAAGACUCAGAGGACGUGGUGGGCCACGGCUGGGACGAUGCAGUUCCUGGCUUGGUUAAUGGUAGCCAUUUGCUUCCUCCCUGGGGUGACUACAACCCAGCACCGUGCAGGGCAGCCCAUGGACAGCACCAACGUGGGAGGUGGCCUGCAGGAGCCAGAGGCCCCGGAAGUGAUGUUUGAGCUGCUCUGGUCUGGGCUGGAGCUGGAUAUCAUGGGGCAGCUGCACAUCCAGGACGAGGAACUGGCAUCCACACGUCCCGGCCGCCGGCUCAGUCUCCUCCUGCAGCACCAUGUGCCCAGUGACUUGGAGGGUGCUGAGCAGCGGCUGCAGCAGUUCCAGGACCUGCGGAAGGGACCCCCUCUUAGCCCUUGGGACUUUGAACAUCUGCUCCUCACAGGCCUGUCCUGUGUCUACCGGCUCCCUGUGGCUAGUGAGGCUCAGGAGAGAGGUCGCUGGGCCCAGGUCUUCGUCCUCCUGGCACAGGAAACACUCUGGGACCUGUGCAAGGGCUUCUGCCCCCAGGGCCAGCCCCCUUCUCUGGGGCCCUCAGCCUCUACCCUUGACCCCUUCCCCUAA